AUGACGACCAUUCAGGCAGCUCGCCCCGCCGGCAAGCUGGCUGAUGGUCACGAACAGCCUGCAACUGUGUUUCAGCCGAUCCAUUUCCUGUACACAUACCUUCACGAGGCGAUCCGACACGAGCUCGCGCUGCUCUCCCAGAGCCUGCAGCUCCUGCUGGCGGGUACAUCCACGGGCUGGCCGGAACUUCGGCGCCGCUACAUCUUCCUCCGGGAUGUGUACAAGUACCACAGCGCCGCUGAGGACGAGGUGAUUUACCCCGCUCUGGAGCUGGAGGUCGCCAACGUCACGCCAUCCUACUCCGUUGAGCAUGAGGACGAGGAGCACCUGCUGGAGGAGAUGGUGGACCUCCUCCUCGCAACCGAGCAGUCACCCACCAAGGAGAACCUCUUGGCCGUGAGGCAGCUGAGCUGGCGCAUCCAGACCACGGUGACCAAGCACCUAGCCAAGGAGGAGGCCCAGCUCCUGCCCCUGCUCCUGACCCACAUCCCGCCGCGCGAGCAGGGCGGCCUGGUGGCCCAGUUCCUGUGCUGCAUCCCCAUCUCCACUGUGGCGCGGGUGCUGGCCUGGGUCAAGCCGCACGCCGCCCCCGCCGACCGCGCCGCUAUCCGGGAGGCGCUGGCCGGCGCGGUGGAUGACCCCCUCCUCUGCUCCCUGCUGCUCGGCUGGCUGGAGGCCGACGAGGCCGACGGAGCGGGGAGCGACGGCCUCGCGCGGCCGGGCUCCCCUUCCUCGCCGGGCUCCUCGGGGGACGAUGAAGCGGCUGCAGCGGCGCGGUCGGAGGCGCUGCGCUUCGACGAGCUCCAGCGCCUGCUGGGCGAGGUGGCCUCCUGCGCGCGGCGGCGCUGCUCGCGCAGUGGCAUCGCCUCGGCCGACCUGGUGGCCAGCGCCGACGCGCUGGCGGCGGCCAUGGCGGGACACAUGGAGGCCGAGGAGCGCGGCGUGCUGCCCGCGCUGGAGCGGCUGUGCCCGCGGCCCGAGCAGCGCGCCCUGCUCUGGGCCAUGGUCCGCGCCAUGCCGCUGCGCCUGCUGGAGCGCUUCCACAACGCGCUGCGGAAGGAGCUGGCGGAGCUGGAGGCCACCAUUGCCACCUGCCAGCAGCGCCUGGAGACGGCGGCCGAGCUGGCAGACACCACAGAGGUCAUGCAGCGUCUGGCCGCCCGCUUCCAGUUUCUGCGUGGGAUCUACCGCGCCCACUCCCUGUCUGAGGACGAGGUGGUAUUUCCCGCGCUGGAAGGAAAGAAGGUCCUGCGCAACGUCAGCCACGCCUACACCCUGGACCACGAGCAGGAGGAGAUGCAGUUCCAGACCUGCAGCGAGUGCCUGGACCGGGUGAUGGCCACGGGCACGCUGGACAGCCGGCGCCAGCGCCUGGCCGAGCUGGCCUGCUACUACUCGGGCGUGCGCGGUUCGCUGGAGACCCACAUCCGCGCCGAGGAGCUGGAGCUCUGGCCCCUCUUUGCCGAGCACUUCCCCGUGGCCGAGCAGGAGCACCUGGUGGGCUUGAUCAUCGGGCGCACCGGCGCCGACGUGCUGACGUCGCUGCUCUCCUGGGUGCGCGGUGCCAUGACGCGCGAGGAGGAGGACGCCAUGAUGCUGAGCAUCCGCUCCGCGGCCAGCUCCACCGCCUUUGACGCCGCGCGUCGCUACCACGACCCCAAGAAGGGCGUGCUGGGGUGCAGGCACUACCGCCGCGCCGCGCAGCUGGUGGCACCCUGCUGCGACCGUGCCUACGUCUGCCGCUUCUGCCACGACGAGGCCACGGACCACGUGCUGGAUCGGUAUGCGGUGUGCGAAAUGGUGUGCAUGGAGUGCAGCCUGCGCCAGCCUGUGGCAGGCUCUUGCUCGGGGUGCGGCACCUGCAUGUCACGCUACUACUGCAAGGUGUGCCACCUGUUUGACGACGACCCGGGCAAGGCCAUCUACCACUGCCCCUUUUGCAACUUCUGCCGCCAGGGCAAGGGCCCGGGCAUCGACUCCUUCCACUGCAUGUCCUGCAACGCAUGCAUGAGCCUGGAGCUGUUCAACAAGCACGUGUGCAAGGAGCAGAGCCUGAAGCGGGAUUGCCCAGUAUGCUCCGACAUGCUGUUCGAAUCCAAGCACCCCGUCAAGUGA